AUUAAUUAAAUAUUAAAUAAUUUAUAUAAUCGUUAAUAUUAUUUGUAAUGGAAAAUAUUAUUUAGAUAGGAUAGAAAUACCUAAAUGUAAAAGUAAACAACAUAAUAAAACAUAUGUUUAUCGGGAAUCGAGAAUUUGGCAACAUUGGAUUGUUUAUAAACAAUGAGUUCAUUAAUUUUUGUAGUUAAGAAUGUUCAAGAUUUAGCUAAUAUUUUUAUGUUUAACUUGAUUGUAUUAAGAUAAUAGGCAAUUAAAUACAUUUCUUGUUGAAUGUACUCCAUUCGAAAAAAAUUUUUCCCUGAAGGAAUAGUAAUUAAAUUUUGAAUUUAUUAUUAAAUUCUAGGUAAGUCAAUUUAUUAUAAUCAUUUAACAGUAGUUUAUCAAAUAAUUUUCAUUUUAAAAUAUUUAGGUAAUUUUUAAUACUUUUUGAAUGUAUAUUUCAUUACUAUUAGUUGGUUUUUAUACUUUUUAAUAAAAAUUCAGAUUCAUAAAAUCUUAAAGGAAUAAGUUCCUAUAUAAUAAAUAAUCUAUUAUAUCUUUAAAUACAGAACUUAACUUAUUUUAUAAUAACUAGCAAAAGUUCCAAUUAUCGUUUCUAAAUAUUAAUAGAUAAUAAUUGUACUAAACGUUAAUAUUAUUUAUUAUUGUUAUUAAUAAUAAUUGUUAAAUAUUUAAAACUAAUAUAGUAUAAUUACAACACAAAAUAAGCGAGUAGAAAAUAAUAGUUAUAUAUUUUGAUUGUACCUAUCUCGAUUUAAUAAUAAACACAACUGCACGUGUAAAUAAUUAAUUAUAAAAACUUGUUAUUUGUAUUUUUAUAUGAAAUUUGAUUAUGGAAAUGGUUACAAAAUUUGACUUCAAUUUUUAAGUUUUAUUAUUUUUUAACUUAUGCAUUUUUUUUUUUUUAUGUAGGCAUAGUAGUUUAAUAGUUAUUUACAUUUUUUUUUAGGUUGCAAAUAUUAAAAAGAUGUCAAAACGAGUAACAAAUGAUCGCCCUGAUUAUUCUGAUCCUACAGAUGAUAGUGAUGGCAGUGAUUUUGAAGAAGUAAAGAAAAAAACUAUAAUGGUGGGUAGUGAUUUCCAAGCUCAAAUUCCAGAUGGAUUAUCAAAAUAUGGAGAUGAUCCACCAUACCAGAAUGUUGAUAAACUCCUCUGGGAUCCUCAUAGUACAACUGAUGCAGCUAUUGCCGAAUAUCUCCAUCAUAUUCAUCAAAUUUCUCACGGAGCAAAUAUUUUACCCAAAGGUAAACAUGUACGAGAUGAUGAAAAUGCAUUAUUUUUACUUUUACAAUGUGGUUUUAAUACUGAAGAAGCUCUGCGUCGAAUAACAUUAAAUGAUCAAAUGUUUGGCCGAAGGGCCAUGAUGGUGUGGUCAGAAGAAGAAUGUAAAAACUUUGAAAAUGGUAUUCGUUGUUUUAAUAAAAAUUUCUAUUUAAUUCAACAGCACAGAGUGACUACGAGGACAGUUGGUGAACUUGUUCAUUUUUAUUAUUUAUGGAAAAAGACUGAAAGGCAUGAUGUGUUUGCUAGUAAAGAACGACUAGAAAAGAAAAAAUAUGCUCUUCAGCCAGGUAUUACUUUUUAUGAAGAUGGAGAAAACUCUGUACUCAACCAAAAAUCAAGUCAAGUUGGUAAUUGUUUAAUUUACUGUGAUCCGAAACGGUUGCAGCGACUGGAAGCUUCAGGUGUUCAUGUCACUUUAGUAGAAAACCAUAAUGUCCAUAAUUAAAACGUUUGUUUAAACAAUAUUAAAUGUUAUCCAUACAAAUAUUUAUAAGUAAGACGUUCCUCCAAAAAUUGUCUAUAAUAUUACAUCAUUGAAAUAUUAUUUAUUAAUAAAGUUAUCUAGAUAUCAAAUAUUUUAUGUUAAAUGUCUAUUGAGUAUUAUUAAUUUUAUAAUUUAUAAUUUUACUAUACAUAAUUUUUAUAAGUUCAUGAGUUAUAUUUUGUAAUAUAUUUUGUGUUCUAGAAUAUAAAUACCUAACAGGGUAAUAAAUUAACAGACUUGUAAAGUACUUGAAUAAAAUUAAUUGAAUGCUUAAGUAUUUCAAUAAUUCUUCACACAUAACUUCAUAUUUUAUUUUAAAUAAUUUUAUAGUUUGUAUUUUUAUUUGCAAUAUUAAUAAUAAUUUGGCAUUUCAGUUUUAUAUUAUAAUUAUUUAUUAUGAUUUUGAAAGUUAAAUUUAAUUGAAAAUUUAUUGAAUUACGAUUUUUUAAAAAUAUAUGGAUGAAUUAAAAUAAUGAG